AUGCUCUGGAGUGACACAAAGGAUUUAGUCUCUCAGUACACCAAGAAUAAUCCAGGCUGUUUUAACCUGGAGAAAACUCUACUGGGAUUUGUCCUGGAUGGUCAGAGCUGGUGCGGAAAGGAAGGCAGCAAAGAAACAUUCACAAAGUUGUGCCCAGAGUCCAAUGGCUGUGAGAACAGCCCUUAUCGCUCAUUCUGGAGGAAAACCUCGGCUCAAUUUGCAGCCCAUGCCUGUGAGGAAGUCACUGCAAUGUUAAAUGGAGGCAGAAAAGAACCAUUUGAUCCCAACAGUUGUUUUGCACUUGAGGUAGAGAAUCUAAGAAGCUCUGUUGUGAGUCGCUUAAAUGUAGUUCUGGUCGAUGGAAAAGAGUCAAUGUGUAACUCUGAGAAUUUACAGGCCUUAUGGGUAGAACUGAAUAAGAAAGGAAUUAACCAUAACUGCAAGCCAGCAUCUACGGCUGACGUCAAGAAGUGCGAGUGGAACAAGACCAAUCCUUGUGGAGUCUGUUUGUUUUAAGGGGCCUACAGUCCAGUUUAACCUGUAACAUCUUAAAUUUCUUUAUACACAGAUUCAGUUCCUACAUUCACCACAAUACUGCUUUUAUAAAAAUUAAAAAAAAAAUUAAAAAGGCCUGUUGUUCUGAUCCAGGGUUUUUUUUUUUUUUUUUUUUAAUUUUUGGGGUUUUUGGGGUUUUUUUCUGGUAAAAUAUCACGUGCUGU